CAAUGAGUUUUAUCAUGAGCAGUAGUCCAUCAACAACUGCGUCUCAACAUAUCAAUAGUCCAAGUGUGUGAUAAAAUAUAUAAAAUAAUUUUUUUAAUUAAAUUAUAAAAUUGCAAAUUAGCUAAAUUAUCUUGAUAAUUUUUUAUUAUAAAAAAAUAAAUAACCUAAUUAUUUUAAAUUUAUAAAAAAAUAAGUAAAUUUGUUGGUUUAAAGAGAAAGGAAAAAAAUCUAUUAAUCUUUUGGUUUUUAUUUUACAGCUUGAAAGGAUUUUAGUCAAAGGCUAAAAUAAGUAUAUUAAUAAAAUGACAGAGUUGAAGCAAUUUACUAGAGCGGAAAUUGCAAACAGUGGUGAAAAGAUAACGAGAAUAAUAAUUCACGAUAAAGUUUAUGAUGUCAGUAAAUUUUUGAAUGAACAUCCAGGUGGUGAAGAAGUAUUAUUGGAACAAGCUGGAAAAGAUGCAUCAGAUGAUUGGGAUGAUGUUGGACAUUCAAAUGAUGCUAUUGAAUUAAUGAAAAAUUAUUUAAUUGGUGAAAUUGUCAAAGGAGAACGUAAAAAUAGUAAACCCAAAGAACCAUGGUCUACUCGUAAUACAAAAAAACAAAAUAAUAAUGAUACAUCAUCAUCAUCAUCAAACAAAAAUUAUAUUAUUGCUGGUAUUUUUGCAAUAUUAAUUGCAAUUAUAUAUCUCCAAUUAAAUUAAUUAUUUCAAAUAAAAAAAAAUUAAUUACAUUUCCAUAAAAAAUAUAUAUUGAACAAAAAAAAAAACCUAGAUGUAAGUGAAUUUUUAAAAUUGAAUAAAAAUAAAAUUCAACACAAAUCUAUUGUAUUUUUAUUUUUGUACCAAAAAAAAACAAAAACAAUAAAAAAA